CUCUUCGGUCAAGAGAAAAGGAUGCAUAUAGUAUCUAUGCCUGUCCAUCCACUCAGCCUAGAUAUUAAGUUCGUGUAUCUGCUGGAUUCUCAGUCGCAGCUCCAUCUCUGGUUAGGCAUGCAGUCCCGCCUUAUGAUUCAGACCAAGGGGCGCCUGUUGGCCGAGCGUAUAUCGAUGAAGGAGCGCCGAGGUGAAGCCGAAAUUCGCAUCGAGACACCAGGACGUGAAAGCAAUGAAUUCUGGGCUAUACUUACUGGCCGCUGGAUGCCAGCUCCUCUGCCGAACCCGACUCUUAUCAACGACCAGAAGACCACUGCUUCGCAUAAAGAGAACUUUACUACACCUCUCAGUGAAUCCCGAGCUCCUCGAGGCUCAUCAAUGCCAGUUUCUUCGGUCUCGUCUUCGACUGACACCGGUGCUACCAGCAGUAUUGAUAGCAAAACGAACCCAAUUUCGUCUUUAUCGACAACAACAAUGAACUCUAAUUCUUCCUCAUCGAGCAAUGCAAAUAUUAGCGGCCCAAGCCUCACCUCAUCUCAUUCUGAUUCCAAAGCCCCAUCUCCAGGCCUUCAAUCAUUGACGACUGCGGCCACUAAAUCGAAUCCACCAUUACCUACGAGCGUUGCUUCGCAUAUGGAAAUAAUCCGGCGCCAGCAUCCACCCGCACCAGAAAUUAGUCCUCCCGCUUUUGGACCGCGUGAUUUUAUUCCUCUUGACUGGAAGCUCCCACGAACUAUCGUCUACGAUAUUCGUCUGGGCCGUGGAUAUCUUGAGAUGCCUCAGUUUAAACUUGGCAGAGAUUAG